UUAAACCCUCAAUCCGUUCUUGCAAUGCCUCAGCAGCAAGAAUGGCUGUCUCAACGAAAGCCCCGCGAAUUUCUCUCAGUUCCGAACAUUCAAAUCCCCAAUUUUCCAGAUUGCCCAAUUCUACCAGUCAGAAUUUUGUUCAUGUAAUCUCUAGAAGCAAUCAAUUUUCCCUCAAGAAAAGCCAUCAUAAUUCUCUUCUCAACUCGAGUUCAUCCUUCACUGCUGACCCCAAUUCGUACUUGACUCAGCUAUGCACUCAAAACGAGCUGAAUCAGGCCGUAAAUGUUCUUGCUUCUGUGGGGAAAGAGCUCCCAACCGAUAUAGAGGAAGAAACCUUUGUGUCUUUGGUGAGGCUGUGCGAAUACAAGAGGGCGUCUAAUGAAGGUUCGUUCAUUUACUCUCUGGUGUCGAAUUCAAUUACCCACUUGAGUUUGAGAUUAGGGAAUGCGCUCUUGAGCAUGUUUGUGAGGCUGAGGAAUCUGGGUGAUGCGUGGUAUGUUUUUGGGAAAAUGGAGGAGAGGGACUUGUUUUCAUGGAACGUCUUGAUUGGUGGGUAUGCAAAGAACGGUUUUUUAGAAGAGGCGAUCGAUUUAUAUGGGAGGAUGUUAUGGCUUGGUGGUGCAGGAGUUAGGCCGGAUGUGUAUACCUUCCCUUGUGUGUUGAGAGCUUGUGGUGGUUUGGGGAAUUGGGAAUGGGGUAGGGAGAUUCAUGGCCAUGUGUUGCGUUUCGGGUUUGAGGCUGAUAUUGAUGUUGUGAACUCGUUGAUCACUAUGUAUGUCAAGUGUGGGGACUUGUGGAAUGCAAGGAUGGUGUUUGAUAAGAUGGAUAGGAGGGAUAGGAUCUCGUGGAACGCUAUGAUCGCAGGCUACUUUGAGAAUGGCGAGUGUUUGGAAGGGCUGCGCUUGUUCUUUUCCAUGAGGGAAUGCUGCUUCCAUCCAGACUUGAUGACCAUGACUAGUGUGAUUUCAGCGUGUGAGGUCUUUGGUGAUGAGAAGCUUGGGAAGGCCGUUCAUGGAUACGUUGCAAAGAUGGAGUUCGGGGAUGAUGACUCAGUAGGCAAUGCAUUGAUUCAGAUGCAUUCGAGUUUUGGAAGGUUGAGUGAGGCAGAGAAGGUUUUUGCUGGAAUUGAGUGUAAGGAUGUGGUUUCUUGGACAUCAAUGAUUACAGGCUAUAACAACAAUGGUUUUGCCAGUAAGGCUAUCGAGACUUAUAAACUGAUGGAGCUCGAAGGGGUUGCCCCCGAUGAGAUCACUAUAGCCGGUGUGUUAUCUGCUUGUGCUUCUCUUGGUAAUCUUGAUAUGGGAAUCAAGCUUCAUGAGUUGGCCAAAAAGACAGGACUUAUAGGUUAUCAUAUGGUCGCGAAUGUUCUCAUCGACUUCUAUGCCAAGUGUAAAUGCGUCGAUAAGGCUCUAGAGGUCUUCCAUCAGAUUCCUGACAAAAAUGUUGUAUCUUGGACAUCAAUCAUUCUUGGUCUCCGAAUCAAUAACAGAAGCUUUGAAGCUUUGAUUUAUUUUAGGCAAAUGAAAAUCAGUCUAGAGCCAAAUGAAGUUACCUUACUUUCUGUACUUGCAGCAUGUGCAAGGAUAGGAGCACUCAUGUGUGGGAAGGAAAUCCAUGCACACGUGCUGAGGAGUGGCUUAGCAUCUGAGGGUUUUCUUCCCAAUGCACUCCUCGACAUGUAUGUCCGUUGUGGGAGGAUGGUGCCUGCGAGAAAUCAGUUCAAGACACAAAAACAGGAUGUUGCUUCUUGGAAUAUCUUGCUAACUGGCCAUGCUGAGAGGGGUCAAGGUGCACUUGCCAUCGAGUUAUUUCAAGAAAUGAUCAAAUCAGGAGUGAGGCCGGAUGAGAUCACGUUCAUUGCUCUAUUGUGUGCCUGCAGUCGGUCUGGGAUGGUAAGGGAAGGGAUGCAAUAUUUCCACAGCAUGGAAAAUCAGUAUUCCAUCACUCCAAACAUGAAGCAUUAUGCUUGUGUCGUGGAUUUGCUGGGACGUGCAGGGAAGCUGGAGAAUGCAUACGAGUUUAUUGAAAAAAUGCCUAUGACCCCGGAUCAGGCUAUAUGGGGAGCCUUGUUGAACGCGUGUAGGAUUCACAGACGAGUUGAUCUUGGUGAGAUAGCUGCUAAACAAAUCUUUGGGAUGGAUAACAGGAGCGUGGGAUAUUACAUUCUGCUAUGUGAUUUGUAUUCUGACAGUGGUAAGUGGGACGAAGUUGCAAAGCUAAGGAAGGCAAUGAGAGAGAUGGGGCUCACUAUUGAUCCCGGUUGCAGUUGGGUAGAGGUGAAAGGGAAAGUCCACGCCUUUCUCAGUGGAGACAGAACCCACCCCGAGAUGAGAGAGAUAGAGGGUGUUUUGCAAGGAUUUUAUGAGAAGAUGAAGGCAGCAGGUCAUGGUGACCCAGAGGCAAGUUUUGCAAAUGAAGUUGAAGCUUCAAAAGCUGACGUCUUCUGUGGCCACAGUGAGAAGUUAGCCGUUGCAUACGGGCUCAUAAACACUUCCCCUGGGAUGCCUAUUUGGGUCACCAAGAAUCUCUACAUGUGUGAGAGCUGCCACAUCACGAUGAAGUUCAUCUCCAAGGCUGUUCGAAGAGAGAUUUCUGUUCGAGACACUGAAGUUUUCCACCAUUUCAAGGAUGGGAGCUGCUCUUGUGGAGAUGAGGGAUAUAGAGGAAAUUGAUGCAUGCAUUAACAACUUGCAUUACUGCUCAUUCACAUGUGGUGUGAAGGAAAAGAAAUUGAAGAUCCUAAAUUUGGUAAGUGGAUUCAAAAGCUUAGCUUGUAUAUUUUGUAUCUGUAAAACUAUGAAGAUGGAUAGAUGUUGAAUGAAGCUCGUGUGAGAGCAAUGUUCUUCUAUCUUCCUUGCUGUUCAGUAGUCAUCUCUGUAAAAUAUCUUGUAGUGCCCAGAAUCACAUGAUAUAUACUGACAGAUUUCAGUUUAUA